UACGAGAUGAAAAACAAAGACGAUUUUAUAUAAAUGUGGCUAUUUGGUGCUUGUUUAAGACGGUUUUAACUGCGUUCUUUCAACUCCGCCCGGCUGCAGUCGAUAGCACCUCACUGAAGUUUCUCAAUAAAUGGGUAUAUUGUUUUUAAGACACACACGAUGGGCUUAACAUUGUCAACAGUUUUCACCCGUUUGUUCGGUAAAAAACAAAUGCGCAUACUGAUGGUUGGUUUGGAUGCAGCCGGUAAAACUACCAUACUUUACAAGCUAAAACUUGGCGAAAUCAUCACAACCAUACCAACUAUAGGAUUCAAUGUUGAGACGGUCGAAUAUAAAAAUAUUGCAUUUACAGUUUGGGAUGUGGGUGGUCAAGAUAAAAUCCGUCCUUUAUGGCGGCACUACUUCCAAAACACCCAGGGACUGAUAUUUGUUGUAGAUUCUAAUGAUCGAGAAAGAGUAGCAGAAGCCGAACGAGAGCUACACAACAUGUUGCAAGAAGACGAUCUCAGAGAUGCUGUAUUGUUAGUAUUUGCGAACAAACAAGAUCUUCCUAAUGCAAUGAAUGUAUCGGAUCUCACAAACAAACUUGGACUGAAUCAACUUCACCAGAGAAAGUGGUACAUUCAGUCUACGUGUGCAACUCAAGGCAAUGGUUUAUAUGAAGGAUUGGAUUGGCUAUCAAAUGAACUAGCCAAAUAAAAUAUAGCAAAUUAUGCCUACUGUAACAUCCUUUAAUCAUUGUUUAAGAUUAAUUCAUUCAUAGGUUUGAUCUUAAAAAAUUUAAAUAUUUUAUUAUUUAUUUAUUUCCUUGUUUCUAAGGACAUUAUUUUAAUAUUGGGAUAAUAUAGUGCAGUAUUUAAUAAAUAAGUAUAAAUCAUAAUUCAUAUGAACGGUGUAAAAUGUUAACAUGUACAAUUUAUAACUCAAAAACAAAACAAAAAAUUAAAACAUGUGAAAUUGUGUUAUCAUUUUAUUGAUGUUACUUGUUAUGUAAUGUUUAAUGUAAUAUUAAUUUUUUUUCUCUCAAUUUCACUUGCAUUAACUCUCUCAUUGUUACAAACAAUAUUAUUGGAUUCAAUCCAUAUAGAAUAAUUUAAACCACCAAUAAAUGAGCCGUUGAAUUGUUUUUUAGGAGUUGGUUAUUGGUUAUACUUAUAUACUAAUUUAUUAUUUUAUGAUUUAUCACAAUAAUAAACUGCCAACAUUUGUACGAAACGAAG